AUGGCAAGGCUCGCAACCUCCAGUGUUGCUUACCUUGUUGGAAUUCAGCUCUUCUCUCGGGCUGUAACGUUUGCCGCCAACCAAAUCCUACUAUCCCAUAUUUCUCCGAAAGAAUUGGGGAUUGCAGCCCAGCUAGAGCUAUAUUCCAUUACGGUGCUCUAUUUUUCUCGGGAAAGCAUAAGAGUUGCGGUCCAGACAAAUGCCUCUAGUGAAUAUGAAGCUACAGAAUUACAUAAAAAAGUCGAAAAGUCGGACAGUCGACGGAAUUCCUCACGCAAUUCUUGUCAAGCGGUGGUGAAUGUGUCUUACGUCGCGCUUAUUUUAGGUCUUUUAUUACUGCAGAUCUUUAGUAUUUUAUAUACCCGAUCUGCCUUGGAAGAGGUUCUGCGUACGUCGCACUUUCAGGCGAGCCUCACCUUGAUCGGUGUUGCUACUGCCUUAGAACUUUUUGCCGAGCCUUGCUUCGCCGCGGUUCAGUACUACAUGCAGCUCCGGUCACGGGCAAUCAUUGAAACUUCCGCGUCUUUUGCUAAAGGUGUAUUAAGCUGCGGCACUGUUCUGUUUAUGCGCCGCAUGGGCUCAGAGGUUGGCCCUCUGGCGUUUGCGGUUGGCCAAGUUAGUUAUAGCAUUGUCAUAUUUUGUGGCUAUUUUGCGGUGGCAAAAGGGAUUUCUAUCCAGCAUGGACUCUCCCUAUUUCCAGCUGACAUUUCCGAAUCGACGGAUUCAUCUUUCCUAUUCCGCUUCCUAUCUCCCACCUUACUCUAUAGAAGUGCAAACCUUUUUUUCCAAUCAGUUGUGAAACACAUUCUCACUCAGGGUGACUCGAUGAUACUUGCAGCUCUUUCGACCCUCGAGGAUCAAGGCCUUUUUGCCCUAGCGUCAAAUUAUGGUGGUCUCAUCGCCCGGAUUAUCUUCCAACCUAUCGAAGAAAGCAGUCGAUCUAUUUUUGGCCAACGGCUUCCUAAAAAUGGCGAAAAAACAAGCCUAGAGGAUUUGGCUUUUGCAAAGAGAUAUUUGCGAGAUGUUCUUUAUGCCUACUCUCUCUUGGCUGUUAUACUUUGGUUCAUCGGCCCCUUGCUUCUUCCGAUGGUGUUGGAGCUUCUUCUUAGCCAUCGUUGGUCAUCAGCAAAUGUGCAGGGAGUGCUUCUUACAUACUGCUAUUAUAUCCCAAUUCUUGCAUUCAAUGGAAUGACUGAAGCUUUUGUCUCAUCUGCCGCGACAAAUUCGGAGCUUCGAGUCCAAGCAAUUUGGAUGGCAAUAUGCUCAUUUGUCUUCGUACUUACUGCAUAUGUUCUUCUUAAGAUGCUGGCUUUAGGUGUUCAAGGUCUCGUAUGGGCAAACAUGGUGAACAUGAGCCUCCGCAUUGGGUGGAGCCUCUGGUUCAUCCUCAAGUAUUUUUCCAAAAAUAAGCAGGACUUAAGAUUGCGUGAAUUCUUUCCACGAAACGAAACUUGUGCCUUCGCUGCUGCUGUCUUUGCAUGGAGUAAUACGUUUGUCAAGCAGGGGGUAGCUUUCACCACCAAACACUUCAUCAAAAUGUUUCUUGUCGCAGCAGCGAUUGGAAGCACUAUUCUAUACCUUGAACGAUACUAUCUAAAGCAGCAGAUGUUAAACUUUUGGCCUGGAAAUCUCAGAUCAAAUCGCCGAACGCCUCCAAUCAAACUUUAA